AUCCCCAAUCCAACCCACCACCGUAUCUCGCGAGCCUGGUUGUUGCGAUAGGAAGGUUUAGGUAUCAUAAUCGCGAGCCAAGGAACGGUGCCUCAAGUGCUGUUGGCUCUCCUUCCCCGAAGCAAGCCUCAUUUUUCCCUCGCGUCUCAGCUGUUUAGUCGGCGUUUCCCUUCUGACAGCUCUAGAUCGGGGAAUUUUCCCUCCCCGGACACCGUUAAGCCUGCUUUCCCCUGCCACCCCACCCUUCUCCCCACAGCGGAACCGAAUACGGAAGUCUCGCUGAAGGAUCCCGACCGCGGGUUUCCCUGACACCUUGAACAAGAGUUGUUCCUCCAUCCUCGAAAACUCCUCUAAACACUUUUUGUCUACUACCGUAUCACACCGACUGAAGGGACUCCCAGCCCUAUCCCCCCCCGACCUUAUAAUCUCAUUCCCUAUCUCAAGGGGCUUGUUACUAUAUGCGCAUCUUGAGCCUAAGGAAUCAUGUUGGGCAAGGUUAGCUCAACCCAGUACUAGAAUUGACGAUUUGUAGGCGGCCUUUUCGGAUCUUGUUCUACUUUGGUCGUUAUCAUUGUUGCAUUGCCUUGUCUUGGAGGAGAGGGUAUACCAGCUGAUCGCGUAGCACCAUUCAAUCGAUAUAUCUAUCGCGAAGUUGAUAAUAUCAUCUAUUAUAACGAGGGAUAUCCUUCGAAGAAAAAGGAGGAAGGAACCUCAGGGGAGGAGGGGGUUCCUAAUAGAAUUCUCGAGGGGAAGGGCACACACCUUUUUUCACUGACUGGUUGAUCACCCGACUGUUUGACGCUGGUGAACAGGGUCGAUUACCACACUGGCCUGCCGCUAGUCCUAAAACUCUAGUAGCGCAAACAGUUUAAGGUGUCGCCGCCGCCUUUGAGCCUCCUUUUUCCUGCCGCUAAGCCGGAAGUACUUUACAUAGGUUGGGGGAGACUCUCCCCCUCCGUCCCUUUCCCCUACUCUACUCUGCGAGCCUCUUCUACCUUCUUUUUUCCCGUCAUCCUGAAACUAUCGCCAUCCUACUGAACUUCUACUAUUAACCUUUGUCCUACUCAACGACCCGUUUUUUGUUCUUGAGCUGAGCUUAGUUAUUUCCUUCCGAACCAUCAUACCCUUGAACGAAACACGAGAAGGCCGUUGGAGCACGCUAUUUUUUAACCUCCUUUCAGCCUCUCAGCCUCAUCGUCGUCAUCAACACCAUACAUUUGACGACCCGCAUCUCGGGCCUGCGCGAUAAGUAAAACAUCAGGGGAUAUCUCAGGAUUACAAGACGAGUCAAUUGCGACUCGCAUUGGCUUCAUUUACAUCUACUUCUUCAGUCAGGUUUAUUAUGCAGUUUGCUGUCGCCUACGUUCCCCACCACCAUCAAUACCAAUCGCACAAAACAAGAAUAAGUGAGUUUAAUUAUCCCAUCAUUUCCCCGUAUCAUCGCACUGCUUUCCACAGCUCUUUUUGUCCUUUUUGAUUUCAUUCAAUACUUCUUCCAAUCCCCGCCGUCUACCCCUUAUGUUUUUAGUUUUUGGCGUUCCUUGAAAAAUGGCUUUCGUUUCUUUUUCCUUUUUUUUUGUCCUUUUUUCCGCUUUAUUUCAUCCCUCUCCAUCAUUAUUUCUGGCAAGGAAUAUUCGGGCGAUACUCGAAACGGUUCAUGAAUACGAUUAUGAUGAUCCCGUCGCGAUUGAAAGUGUAAGCCGUGAUGAUAGGCUUACCGGUAUUUGUGGGGCUCUGUGCUGGUCCAGAGCCUCAUGGCUGAGCCGCAUCACCGUUCCACCCUGACCACGACCGCGUCAAAAUAUCUCUUUCGUGGGCCAGAAGUGAAUGGAACCACGUUGGUCAUCACCCUGCAUUGCUUCGAUUCAGUUUGCCCGUUGCUGUUUUUACCCUGCUAGGCGGUUUCCGGUAUUCUUUCCCCACUUGAUAUCAUCGACUUCUUUUCUCCUUUGGCCUUCUUCCUUCUUACUACUAUUAUCAUAUAUCAUCCUUGACUUUUGCUUUUUGAUUUCGGUUUUCUCAUCAUACAACCUCAUCAUUACACACCACUAUUGUGCUCAUCGUUUUUAUUAUUCUCAUUAUUUCAUUGUUGAAGUGAGACACUAACCGAGAUUCACCGCUUUGCUUUUCCACAGAUCCUGAUCAGCCAACAACAUACUAUCAUUGUUCAUCCCGAACUCGAGCCGCUCUAGAGGCUGGUCCCAGCAACACCGGCAGAGAAGCAGCAGAGCAAUUUGCAACAAGCGGAAUUCGAAAUCUUUGUUAUCGAUAUCAAGGGAUUUGUGGUAAGAGCAACUAUUAAUACCCCAAUUACAAAAGCCUGCUUUACUCUUCUUUUCUCGCUCUUAUUAGGAGGUUCUAAUCGGAAUGCACUUAAGCGGCCCGGGGGCUAGGGCGUAGUUCAAAAGUCAAUCAUUACGAAAUCUCAACUACCAAAAAGCCCAAUCAAGUCACUCGUCGAUCAGAGCCUCAGUGUGAGGGUAGCGGCUGCAGUGAUCACCCAAGCAAGCGCGAUCACCCGGAGCAUGUGCUAGAAUUUCCCGGGGCGCGGAAACUACAGCAGGCAAACGAAACAUCUCUAGAACAGUCAAGAGAGUUAUCAACAUCUGCCUUGUUUUUCACCGCCUUACCGACCUUGAUAGACCGAUUAGUUUAUAACCCUACCAAACAAACCCGUAAGCUAUCAUCAUUACACACCGAGGGAUCGCGGCAGGCGUUCCCUCAACAAAACGUUCCAACGGACCCCACCAGAGAAAUUACGCUGAAUCCUUACCUAUAUUCCGGGUCAUUGGACUCAACCCGCUCCCCGCCGGAUGAGUCUUGGUCUCGUGGCUCAUCCCCGGGACUAGAACAAGCUCAUCCUCAUAUAUACCCCGACGAGCGGCGCAGCUCGGUGAUAUCUUUCGAUUCGACGGUGGCUCCAUCAAGUCCCCAACCAGCCAGUCCGGAAUCGAGGAGAAGAGAAAGGCGGCCGCAAGCAACUCAGGCAGACACCGUGCUUCUCAAAUUUCUUGCACCAGAUCAACCGCAAGUUGCAAUAAGAGCUGGCGAGAGUCCGCUUUCGUGGUCAACUGGGAGUGAAGGCAAUAACGAAAUUGAUAUGGAAGGCGGCGCACAAGAUGGAGACGGUGGAGGGGGCAGUAAGGGAAAUAGUCAGAACGAAAGCAGAGAACAGUCCACCGAUCAACCGGGUGGAAGUAUGGGUGAGGAAAGUAGUGAAGGCAGCGCGAACGGUGGGGAACCCGGGGCUUGUGGAAACGGCGGUGGUGAUGAGCGGAAAGGGAAUUCGGGAGGUGGGAAGGGAGGCCGCGGUGAGGGCGGAGACGAUCAUGAGGAUAGCAAGGAUUUGGGCAAGGGCAAGAACAGCGAGAAGAGAGAAAAGGUGAAGGUGAAGGGCAAGGGGAGAGAUAAGGAAAAGGAUGAGGAUGAGGAUGAGGAUAUGGACCAGAUCCGGUCAAUAGAAAUAGACAAUAUGGAUAUUGACACAGUCACGGCAGAUGGACCCAAGGGCCGCGACAUCUCGAAGCCAGAAAAUGGUGCACCCCCACCCGCGCGUGAAGGUGGCCCCGUGGAGGUUGAGCUCUCUUCGGAAACUGCAGUUAGUCUGAUGGCCUUGGCGGCUGGUGACGAUCGCCAACCCUUUACCCCAACAACAUCGUUACCCGGCGUUCCUUUGAGAGCUGGCGGAACGGCUUGGGCUCCAAACGCCAGGGCAAAAUCUCCCGACACGAGCCAGAACUGUGGACCGCCUCCGUCCCCUGGCCCCUCAACACAGCUGUUCCAGAAUAACAAGCUUCCACUGUUGAACUCGCCAACGCAACUUCCCUCGAUGAUAUCAUCCAUGAACCCCCAACCAGCAAGUCCGCCGAACGGUCUACCACCUGGAAACGACGGGCGACACACCACUCUACCACCAGUUUCGUCGAUCCAGGUUCUAGCAGACAUGGCUGAGAAGGCUAUGCCGCCCCAAAGCUCAACGACUUGGCCCAACCCUCCUCGUAUGCCUCAAAAUCCCCGAAUAGUCUAUCCAACCGUCUCCUCUCAUGUGAGCGUUGCUCCUUCUAACAGAACUCCUCAGCCCCCACGAUCGCCUGGUCUUCCCGCUCCUCCUCCUGGGCAGUCUCCGCACGGUGGAUUCGGUCCCGAAGCAAAUCAUCGACCCCCAGUUCACCACAUGACCCACCAGCAGAAGCAGUUUUAUUUGAACCAGGAUCCACCAUCAUCACCCUACUACAGCAACCCCCACCAGCACUACCAGCCUCAAUAUCCUCCGAUGAAGGAAGGUGCUUCGCCCAAUACCAACGGACCCACGGUUUCGUAUCAGUCCAUUACCCAUCGUGAAUUACCAGGGAUUAUACAAAACCAUUCCUCGCCUUCAAGUGCAACCACAUUCUUCCCUCCCCCACCUCUCUCAGGGCGUAGGGAUUCUGCCACGAUGGAAUACUACCCAGCAGGUAAUACGCCCCCCUCUGGGCCUAUCACAGGGGACACAAUGCCUAGCCCUGGUACUGAUGAUACAAUAACGAGCCCGAGAAGUCGCUCAACUGUGGCCCCCGGUGCUCAGGGAACGUUGGCUGGCGGUGGAUUUAAAUGCGAAUUUGCUGGUUGCAAGGCCUCUCCUUUUCAAACCCAAUAUUUGCUUAAGUAAGUCGACGCCUCUUGUAUGUAGCUAACUCAGCUAAACUCGUUAGUUCUCAUGCCAACGUACACUCAUCUGCCCGCCCCCAUUACUGCCCGGUUAAGGGCUGUUCUCGGGGUGAGGGAGGAAAAGGCUUCAAGCGGAAAAACGAAAUGAUUCGCCAUGGCCUUGUUCACGAUUCGCCCGGAUAUGUUUGUCCAUUCUGCCCAGAUAGAGAGCACAAGUAUCCCCGUCCGGACAAUCUUCAACGGUAUUACGAAAAAUCCACUCGUGGAAGUUAAGCGCUGCUAACCUCUCGUGCGUUCUAAUAGUCACGUAAGAGUCCACCACGUGGAUAAAGACAAGGACGAUCCCCAACUUAGGGACGUACUUGCCCAGCGGCCCGAGGGUGGAAACAGAGGCCGUCGUCGCCGUUUGGGCUCUUGAUCAUUUUUCCCUUUUUUCGGGGGCCUGCCAGGAUAAAGUGUUUUCUUCAUUCCAAUCCGUGAACGUGCCUUCAAUGGGUGGCCUCACUAGUAUAUGAAAUCUUCGGUGUGAAUUCUAUGGGCUUUCUUUUAGUCUUCCUUGGUUCUUGUCGCUUUAGUCGCUUCCCUAGCCCGAGGGGUAAAGAUGCUGGGUACUGCGCCGUUGGUUCAGUUCUUUUGCCCAAUGGGAUUGUUGGGGCAUGCCUAGGAAUAUGGUAAUGGACAUGUGGGAUAUUCUGGAGCUUUUGCAAAGCGCUUCUACCCGCUCCAGGAGAGUGGUUAUGGUAGGAUGGUGAUAGCGUAUGCAUUUACCCUUCUUUCUGGUUAUUCGUUUUCUUCCUUCCCGAUGUCCUGCAGGACCCUGUUCUCAAAUUUCGCCUGCUUUUACGUUUGGAGUUUUCUUCUGUUACCUCUUUUAUUCUCCUUUUUGUUCAUGUGAAGGGUGGAGUCUAUUCUUGAUUUUUUCCCAUUUUCUUUUCAAGUUCGCUUCUGAACAGGUACUAUUGGUGUCACGAUUCAUUUGGGUUUCUUUUUCCGCCAAUUCUCAAAUUUGGCUUUCUGUAGCUUAAAGAAUCGGCCGUAUAUAAUACUUUCAUGUGCAAAUAGACUCAGCGGCUAGAUUUUGAUCCGGU